CCGAGCCGCGCGUCGCCACAGCGACGCCUUCCUUCCCUCCUCCUCGCGGCUCCUCCUCUUCCUCCUCCCUACUCGGCGGCGGCAGCGGCGGCGAUGGAGGUGGCGGCCGCGCGAUGAGAGACAAAGCAUUGAGAGCCCGGCCCAGGAAAAGCUCCCACCAUGCAAGCGAGCUGCAGCCAUCCGCACAGCACCCAGGGGAGCGGCGGUGACCCUUCGCCACCCCAAAGCGCGCACGCAGCCGGGCAGAGCUCGUGCCAUCCGAGCGGAGAUGUUCACAUCCAGCUGAGCUCUGCUGGGGGAGAAGGCGGAGAAAACGCGAGUUGGAGGCGUUCGAGGCUGAGUUCGCAGAGCCGCUCGCACGGUCACAGCCACAGCGAGGGGGGGAGCUCUGCUGACGGCGCUCCGGACCCGGAGGAACACAGCAGUUCCAUCUCCGAGCUCAGAUGCGUCCUCCAGUGGCUGCACAGAAGUCUGCCCUAUGUUUUGAUUCUGGGCGUCAAGUUGAUCGUGCAGCACAUCAUCGGCAUCUCUCUUGGAAUCGGGCUGCUGACAACCUACAUGUAUGCAAACAGAAGCAUAGUAAAUCAGGUUUUCCUCAAAGAACGGUGCUCCAAGUUGCAGUGUGCUUGGCUGCUGCUGUAUCUCACUGGAUCCUCUCUCCUCCUGUAUUACACCUUUCAUUCUCAGUCUUUGUACUAUAGCUUAAUCUUUUUAAACCCUACUGUGGAUUUUAAGAACUUCUGGGAGGUACUUUGGAUUGUGGGAGUCACAGACUUCAUUCUAAAAUUCCUCUUCAUGGGCUUCAAGUGCUUUAUUCUCUUGGUGCCUUCUUUUAUGAUGUCCUUUAAAUCCAAGGGCUACUGGUACAUGCUGUUAGAAGAACUCUGCCAGUAUUACCGUAUGUUUGUCCCCAUCCCAGUUUGGUUCCGUUAUCUUAUCGGCUAUGGGGAGCCACACAGUGUACUUGGACAGAGCCUUGGGACAUUGCUGGGCCUUUCCUACCUCAUUCUCAAGCUUUUGAGCUUUUUUGGACAAUGGAGAAACUUCAGAAAGGUUUUGCGGAUAUUUUGUACGCGACCACACUACGGGGUGACAGCAAGCAAGAAGCAGUGUUCUGAAUCAGAUGAUAUUUGUUCUAUCUGCCACACUGAAUUCCAGAAGCCUAUCCUGCUGAUCUGCCAGCACACAUUCUGUGAAGAAUGCAUCUCUUUAUGGUUUAAUAGAGAAAAAACAUGUCCACUCUGCAGAACUGUUAUUUCAGACCAUGUUAACAAGUGGAAGGAUGGAGCCACAUCAAUGCGCCUGCAGAUUUUCUAAGGCAUGUCAACCAACUUGCUUUAGUUUACUCGUUCUGUACAGCUCACUGCAAAUGGGAGUGCAGGUGGCACAGGGAAUGAGUUUCCCAAAUUGAGGUAUCUGGGAUUUCUUGCUUCUAGGAAAUGUUUUAAUACUUCAAACAGCGCAGAGUGCCGACUUCUUAAGUGUAGGAAAAUAAGUUUAUAAAGUGAAAGCAGGAAAGUCAGCAUUGCUUCUAUUGUGAUUCUUUCAGAAAGCAAUCAAACUCUUCCAGAACGCUGUGUUUGCAGCAGCUUCUUAAAUCAGCAUUUAAUUUAAAAGCUCACGGAGUGUUCCAGGCUGUGCUAAAUUGUAUUUAUGCCUCUAACACUGCCCAAAAACCCAGGGUGAGCAGUGAAUUUCAUACUCUGGACUACAGUGGGAGCUAAAGCUACCUGUCACACCUGGCAUUGAUGAUGUCUUAAUGCUACAGCAGCUUCUCCCUGCAUCAAUACUAGCAGCUCUCACUGCACCUGGAGAUAAAACAAGAUGUUUCUCCCUUAGGCUUGUGCAGAUUUCCAAUUGAUUUAACAGAUUCAACACAGAAAAGCAACCGGUGAUGUUAGUUUUUUACUGAGCUUUUUCUGAGAUUGGUAUUUUUAAAAGAUCUUUAAUAGUCUAUUUUUGUCACAGCAGGAACCAGAUUUUCUUACAGGGGAGAAUAUUUUAUACUAUACAUGCCAUUUGUAGUGUGCAUAAGAAUCAGAGGGAAUAAAGGCAUUUAAAUCUAUUUGUUUGGUGCACGUUGAAUAAAGAAAUGAGAUUCAUUGCAAUAGAUGAGAUUCAUAGACGAGAACUGAAUCUGUCAUGGAACAAAAAUGAGCAGGGAGGACUUUAGGUUGGGUUCUGAAUCUGUGAUGCACCCCUAUAAACAGGCAGCUCACGUGGCUCUCCAGACACACAAUCAUAUUUGGACUUAGCAAACAGUCUGAACUUGGUGCUUUACCUCAAAGGUGCUCUGUGCCUUUAGAUGUUUUUAAGCAGGUAUUGUGUGAGUACUUUGUAUGCAGUUUGAAUGCCAUAUUUCACUCUGUCAACAAAUAGCACCUUUAAAAAAAAAAAAAAGCUGUGUGUGAGCCCAAUGCACAGCUUAGGAGAAGGCAGAGAUAAUAACCAACUUAGCCAGUAUUCUACAGAACUAAGAAAUGUCACUUAUCCUGGAUCAGGUUUUUUCCUGAAAUGCUAAUGCCAAGAGUUUACUCACUGUUUUAAGUUGGUUGCAUUUAGGAUCAGAGAACAAUUUAUCUUUUUAUCUCCAAGUUAAUGAAUUUUCUUCAAGAUCCAAUGACUAUUAUCCAAAUCCAACAAUAUUAUCAGGCACAGUUUAUUAAAAAACGAAACUGAACAAGAGCUUAAAAGAGAUUUGGAUCAGCCAGGUUAGAUUUACAUUUCAAAAUUGAAACAAGUUCAUUCUCAUCUUAGUUAGAGAAGAAAGAAGUGAGUAACUUACAGCCAUGAAGGACAUCCUCUCUGAUCCUGCAGUCAGCAUCAUGCCAUUGAGAUGCAGCUCUACCUGGAGCCAGAGCUCAGGUGAAGGUACUGCACCUGUAGGACAGACUGAUCAGCAUCUCUGGGUCCUUAAGUUCUCAACAUAAUUCCCCCUCCCUCCUUUUCCCUUUGAAGAUGUGUAGACCCACACUUAUACUUAAGCCCUACUUCCUGAAAAAAAAAAAGUCUCUUGGAUGAACAUGUUUAAAUUUUCAGUCAUUGCUGCCCAUCUUAUUCUGCAGCACGUUUAGUUCCAACUAACUGAAAGAUGAGAAGCAGAACAGGGAUUACCUUUUUUUCCUCCUCAAGCUCAAGUUUGUUUCUUGAACGCGGCUACAAAGCCAAGUUAAUCUAGAAGAGAACAAGCUCUAGAAAUUCAUGUAUAGAAACCAAAUACAGUAAAUCAUCGAGGAUCUGCAGGAAGAACACUGAAGUCAGGUGCUGUGUUUUUAAGAACUUCUCUUCCUCCUGUGCCCAUCUGUAACAAAGGCUAGGGAUUCCUCUGUAAAAUAGGCCAUGGACUCAAUUAACAGCGACAGCAGUUUGGCUUGAUUCCCUUUUUAACGUUAA